AUGACUGGGCUGGUGACGGCGCAGAACAAUGCCCAGCUGCCAGCAGUGCGUGGGGCAGCAGCCGCCGGCGCGUUUGAGCGCAAGCAGUUCUGCCAGUGGCCGUGUAAGUGCCGCGCCAAGCCCCAGUGUGCCCCGGGGGUGAGCUCCGUGCUGGACGGCUGCGGAUGCUGCAAGAGCUGCGCCCGGCAGAUUGGCGAUGCCUGCAACGAGAGGGACAUCUGCGACCCACACAAGGGCAUGUACUGUGACUUCUCCCGAGACCAGCCCCGCUAUGAGGUUGGAAUUUGUGCCUACAUGAUGGCGGUGGGCUGUGAUCUGAACGGAAAACAUUACGUGAACGGAGAGGCCUUCCAGCCCAGCCCGCUCUACAAGUGCACAUGCAUCGCUGGAGCCAUCGGCUGCACCCCUGUCUUCAUCCAAAAGCCUGCAGGCCUCCUGGGUCCAGCCUCUCUCCGGGCGAAUACCCCGGCCGGCCUCAGGAGUGCAAAGGCCCCCAGGAAGAGCCAGCAGGAUACGACUUACAGGAGCAUGCCAGCUUACAGGGAUCCUCCUUUAGCCUGGAAGAAGAACUGCCUGGUGCAGUCCACACCCUGGAGCCCCUGCUCUCGGACCUGUGGCGUGGGGAUCUCGGUGCGCGUCUCCAACGACAACGGCAAGUGUGACAUGAGGAAAGGCCGGCGCCUGUGCCUCCUGAGGCCGUGUGACAAGAAAACAAUGAAGACUGUGAAGGUGCCACGGGGAAAGUCCUGUCGACCCAAGUUCCAGGCUAAGAAAGCGGAGAAGAUCAACCUGUCGGGCUGCACCAGCACCAAGAAGUUCAAGCCCACCUACUGCGGGGUCUGCACAGACAAGCGCUGCUGCGUCCCCAACAAGUCGCGCCUGAUCACUGUGGACUUCAAGUGCAAGAGCGGCUCAAACGUGAAGUGGAAGAUGCAGUGGAUCACUUCCUGCGUCUGUCAGAGGAAGUGCGGCGACCCUGGGGAUAUGUUCUCAGAGCUGUACCUACUGUAAGACCUCCAAGCCCAGAUGUACCUCUUCACAUUGAGCUGUACCUACUGUAAGACCUCCAAGCCCACAUGUACCUCUUCACAUUGCGAAACACGCGUCUGGUCGUGACCCACUCUUGGCAGCAGUAUAAGCUCAUUUCUGUAAUUACAUCCUCCCUGAAUUUAUGGUUGGUGCAAGAUAGCACAGGGUCUAAGAUACCUUCUUGUAUCUCCACUGCAGGAAGUCCUUGAAGAGAAAACAAUGUUGGUAUUCAGCAAUGUGUUUGGGGAGUGUUAGGACAUGCCGUAAAGCAUGUUAACUAACUACACUGAACAAGCACCUCUUUAUCUUUAAAGACGUGUUUAAAAAAAAAAAACCUUGAAACAAAUCUGUGCUAAGUUAAUAAUUAUGCUAUAGGCCUUCAUAAAUUUGGAUUGAAAGGAAGUUCCUCCAAAGUGAGUUGUAGUGUAGUGCGUUAGACCUUUAUAACGAAAAGCAGAAACAAGAGACCUAUCGUAAAUCUACAUCUGGAAUUAUAAUAUUAACCAUUGCAACACUUUCAUUUAGUUUGUUCUGCCAUCCUAGCUGAUAGUUAUAAACCAAACUACUGAUAGCAUUAGUGCUAUAAUAUUUUAAUCGGCCAUUUAUUGAGAUGAUAUAUCUAUGGCCAGUCUGCAAUGUUUAGUUUGAGAAACAAGGAGUUGGCACACACCCUGGAAAAAAAACUAAACUACAAAAAAGUGUUCCUGCAUGAAGUGCUUGCUCACCCUGUGAUUUUGAAGAAUAGGGCUUUAACUGCAUUGCAUAACGAACCUUCAUUCCAUCAUCUCAUAGUAGUACACAUAGUACUCCACACCAUAUCUAGUAUGG